GCACGAAAAGAACCGACCACCAAAGCAAGCGGUCGUAGCACAUCCCUGUAGCCAUACCCACCUGCUGCCGAUCCCCACCUGCUACCGAUCCGCCGCCGCCGCCAAUGGCCGGGCUGCCAGCUCUCACCGACGACGUCCUCGCCGAGAUCCUCGUCCGCGUGCCCUCGUCGUGCGACCUCGCGCGGGCCUCCGCGGCGUGCAGCUCCUUCUGCCGCAUCGCCACCUCCCCGCGGUUCCUCCGCCGCUUCCGCUCGCUCCACGCGCCGCUGCCGCUCGGCGUCCUGUGCCCCGACGGCGCCGCCGCCUUCCACCCCGCCAUGCCCCCGCACCCGUCGGCCCCCGCCGCCCGCGCCCUCGCCCUCGCCGCGGACUUCGCCUUCUCCUUCCUCCCUCCGCCCGCCCGCGCCUGGCUCCUCCGCGACCACCGCGACGGCCGGUUCCUCCUCGACCGCGCGCUCGCCGGCGGCUCCACCGCCUUCACCGAUGUCGCUGUCUGCGACCCCCUCUUCCGGCGGUACGUUCUGCUCCCGCCCAUACCCGACGACCUUGCCGCCUCCGUCCAAAAUCCAUACCUCCAGUGCGGCGGCGAUGGUGGUCUGCAAUCCCGCAGUAGCGAGAUCUUCCUGGCAUCUUGCGGCAGUGACGCAGGAGGCGAGGAGCCAUUGUUCGCUGUGAUCUGGAUGGCGUGCUGCCGAGGGAAGCUGGUCGCGUUCUUCUUUUCAUCUGAAUCCCAACAGUGGCGUGCUCUUUCACCUCCCGAACACUAUGCUUUGAGUACGAGGAGAGUCAUGGGCGUUCGACUCGGACAGCGCAACCAUGCUCAUGGGUGCUUCUACUGGAUGAUAACCCUCACCCAUAGGUGGCUUGUAUUAGACACUCGCCGAAUGGAGUUCUUGGUUGUGGAUAUCUCUCCUGUCCUUUCAGGCCGCGCAAUGAUGUUCAGUAAUCAGAUUAUCACUCUGGAAUCAAUGGAUGGAUGGACUAUCGUUGUUGUCGCAGAUGUUUUCCGGUCAGAUAAACGAUGUGUCCUGUAUUUUUAUAAGUUCAUGUAUUUCAGUGACCGGUGGCAACUGCAGAGCAAAAUUAACUUGCCUGAGGAAUGGGGCUAUCGAUUUAGAGGCAUCAUAGGUGCAUCUGAAUGUUACUUAUUUAUAAAGCUUGAUCACCCCAAGCAGAACUUGGGAGAUCCAGUUCAGCAGAAUGCUAUGUAUUUCAUGUUUGAUAUCAAGACCAUGCAGCUUGGGAGGUUCUCUGAGAUAUGUUCUGGUACUGUCAGCGAAGCCUAUCUUUACACUGGUUUUCCACCAUCACAGUCGCUACCCAGUGUUUGAUGCAGUAAGCUUGUUCUUUUUGCUUGCAGCUAUCAAUUUACAUCGUUCUAUUAUUUCAUGUUACUUUUUGAUUAUCUUGUUUAGGGGAAUAUUUUAUUGUAAUAUCCGCUACUUCUUGUAUUUUAUUUGAAUAAAUAUGCAGAUAACACAUGUAGACGGUUUUAUAUCUUU